AUGGACGGAAUGUGGGCCACCGGCGUAAUGCCAGCGCGAGAAAGUGCCACGACUCCACACAGACAUCGACUGACUCCUUAAGCUUGGGAUAAGAUUUUUUUUUGUUUUUUUGUUUUUUUUUUUGGUUGGCGUGGUGAGACAGUUGGAUUCGAGAUAAUCACUUCUGUUUAAACUCUUCCUGAAGUGAUUCAUCCAACGGAAAUCUGCCGCGAGAAAAGUCAGAAAGGAAGCUAGCAGUCAUGGACAUCUACGAUCCUCAGACACUUGGAAUUGUGGUGUUUGGUGGCUUCAUGGUGUUCUCAGCCAUCGGGAUUGCUCUGGUCUCGACAUUUUCCAUGAAGGAGACCUCGUAUGAAGAAGCUAUAGCCAAGCAGCGGAAGGAGCAGGGGAAGACCCUAACCAGCCAACGGUCAGACAAGAAGAAAAAGGACAAGGCAGCUGAGAAGAAAAAUCGUGCUAAGAAAAAAGAAGAUAAGCCCAAUGGGAAGCUCCUGGAGUCAGAGGCUACCCCUGAGGUUACAGAAGUGCCAGCUGAGCACAGUACUCUAACUCCUCCAGCCCUGGAACAAGAAGCUGCACUAGCAGCUAAACAAGAAGCCCCAGCUCAGAAGUCUUCCCAACCCACUCCUUCUCAGAAGCCUGCUCAACCUGCCCCGGCUCAGAAAUCAUCUUUGACUAUCCCGGCCCAAAAGUCUGCUCCAGCUCCUUCUGCCCAGAAAUCCUCUGCAGCUCCCUCCACCCAGAAAUCUGCUUCACCUCCUCCUACCCAGAAAUCUGCUUCACCUCCUCCUACCCAGAAAUCUGCUUCACCUCCUCCUACCCAAAAAACUGCUUCACCUCCUCCUACCCAGAAAUCUGCUUCACCUCCUCCUACCCAGAAAUCUGCUUCACCUCCUCCUAUCCAGAAAUCUUCACCUGCCCCAGGCCCAAAGUCCGCUCCGGCUGCCCCUGCACAGAAAUCUACUUCACCUGCCCCCGCUCAGAAGUCUGCUUCAAAUGCCCAAAAAGCUACCUCACCUGCACCAGCUCAAAAAGAAAAAGCCACUCCACCUACCCCUGCCCAGAAAUCAGCUUCACCUGCCCCAGACCAGAAAGCCGUUCCACCUACCCCUGCCCAGAAAUCUGCUCCGCAGGCCACCACACAAAAAUCUGCCCAAACUCAAAAGCCUGAUCCAACUGCUGCAACGCAGAAAUCCUCUCAACCUGCCCCAUCCCAAAAGGCUGCUCCACCUGCCCCAGCGCAGAAAUCCCCUCAACCUGCUAAAUCCCAAAAAGCUUCUCCAACUGCCCCAACACAAAAGUCUUCUCAGCCUGCCCAAUCUCAAAAGUCUGCUCAGAACCAGAAAGCUGGUUCUCCUACCCCAGCCCAGAAAGUCGCUCCACCAGCCCCAGCCCAAAAAUCCUCUCCACCUGAACGAAAAUCCAGUCCACCUGCCCAGGCCCCUUCCCAGAAGGCUGCUACAGGUACUGCAGCUCCUGCGUCCCGUCCUACUCCUGAAGAUGCUCCACCUGCCCCCUCUCCUAAAGAUAAAAGGAAGAAAAAAGCCAAAGCAGAGUCAGUUUCUGCUGAGGUUCAGGCCAAAUCUGUGGCUCCAUUGGAGAUGGUGACCAAAAAGGUUCCUGUCAUGGCAGUGCCUCCAGUGGGUACUCCAAAAGCUCCCACAGCAACUGCUGUGCCGGUCAAAGCAGAAGAGCCCAAACAAGAUGCUCCUGCCAAGAAGAAAGGAGGAUCCAAGAAGAAGGCAGAGCCAGCGGUGGCUGCAGACCCCGCAGACAGUCCACUGUACCUGCCCUACAAGGCCCUGCUUUCCACGGUGAGGAGUAUGGUGUUCACUGAAGGAGAGGCCCAGCAGCUCAUUGAGAUUCUGUCUGACAAGGCUGGCAUUAUUCAGGACACAUGGCACAAGGCCACACAGAAGGGUGAUCCGGUAGUUGCGCUGAAGAAACAGCUGGAAGAACGAGACAAGCAGCUGGCAGCUGAACAGGAAGACUCAGCAGCUGUUAAAAGCCGACUGAGGGAUUUGACUAAAGAGCUCUCUGUGGAGAAGUCAAAGGUGGCAUCUGUAGAGACCAGGCUGAGCUCUCAGCUGAGUAAGCGAGAGCAGGACAUUAUCGCCCUGCAAGCACGCAUGCAAGCCAGUUAUCAAGACCACCUUGCGGAGACGCAGCAGCUUAAUGCCAAAGUCUUGGCUCUCCAGGACCAGCUGGAAAAAGGCCCUAAUGCUCAGUUGGCCCGUCUGCAGCAGGAGAACUCUAUCCUCAGAGAUGCACUUAACCAAGCCACCAGUCAGACUGAGAGCAAACAAAAUGCUGAAUUGGCCAAACUGCGUCAGGACUGCAUUCGACUGAAUAAGGAACUGACAGAGAAAAAUGAGGCUUUGCAGGCUGAUGAACAGCUAAGGAAAAAUCUGGAAUCUAAAGCUACCACGGCUGAGAAACAACUGACCCAGCUGCAGGCAAACUGGGUGAGCAGUGAACAGGCCUUGCAGAAGCGUCUGGAGGAAGUGAGUGAGGAGCUCAGGCAGACCCAGAGCACCAGAAAGAGCCUUCAGACACAGCUUGAACAAGCUCAGAAAGACGCCACUGCUCUAGCAGAGGCUCAAGCUCGUGUGGCCAGUAUGGAGGCAGAAAUGAAAGAGCGGACCGGACAGUUGGAGAGUCUGCAGAGCCAGCUGAAACUUAUGGAGGCAUGCCAGAACAAAGAACAAAACCACAAUUCAGAGGCUUUGAUGGCUGAACUGGAACAAGCGAAGAGCAGCCUGAAGGAGAAAGAAGAGGAACUGAUCCAACUCAAAAACACAAUCGCCAAUCAGGUGGAUGACACAACAAAGGUGCAGCAGUUGCAGCACAGCAUUAAAGACAAGGAUGACCAAAUAGCAACUCUUCAGGGAGAGCUCCAACAGGUUAAAGAAAAAAGUUCAGACCUCACAAGACUUGAAAACACAGAAAUGCUGGAACAGCUUCAAAAAAGUUUGAAAGAGAAGGAGUCUCAGGUGGCUCUGUUUGAAGAAGAGAUGAAGCAGUGUAAAGAACAGUAUGACACUAAACUGGCAGACAGCACAGCCAAGCUGGAGUCACUACAUAAAAGCGUUACUGAGAAAGAGAGCCUAGUGACAUCACUACAACAGGAAGUGCAGCAGCUCAAGGAACUAAAUCAGUCACAAGGCAAGACUUACGAAAGUUUGGAGGACACGUUGAAAUCUGUCCAGGCUGAGACCAAAGAAGUUCUUCAUUCUCUUUUCCCACACAUCAACAUAGAGACCGCACAGACCAAUUGGCUGCAGGAAUUUGCUGUGAAAGCACAAGAGUUGCUAAAUCAAAAGCAACAGAGCCAAGAAUCCCAGCAAAGCACAGAGAUGGUGGAGAUAAUGGGGAAACUACAGGCAGCCCAGGAGAGUCAGUGCACAUUACAGUCUGAGUGUGAACAGUACAGGAGCGUACUGGCUGAGACGGAGGGGAUGCUGAAAACACUUCAGAAGAGUGUAGAGGAGGAAGAGAGGGUGUGGAGGACCCAGAUAGUGGAGUCAGAGGAGAAACUGAGGAUGGCACUCAAAAAAGUGCAGGAAUUAGAAGAGACAACAGGGAGCUUGAAAGCGGAGAAUGAGAAGACCCAACAGCUGGAGGAGAAAGUGAUGUUGCUCGAGGCCCAGCUGGAGAAACAGCUCCAGUCAGUGUCCUCUGACAGCCAGGGUCAAUCUGAAGAGAUAACACACUUGAAGAAUGUUUUAUCCGAAUCAGAAAGACAGCUAAGUGCGGCCCAGAAGGAGGUACAGACGCAGAGGGAGGAGCUUUCACAGGUCAGGCAGCAACUGAGUGACGUCACAAAGCGAGCUCAGGGAGUGGCAGAGAACGGGCAGCCUGAGGCGGAGGAGUGUCAGGUCCAGGCUCAGCUGGAGCAGACAUUGGAAAAACUGCAGGGUGAACAGGCUCUGAACCAGCAGCUCUCUGCAGAAGUGGAGCAGGCUCAAAAACAGCUUCAGAGCCAUCUAGAACAGUUGAAGUCAGCUGAAGAUGCUGGAGCCAUGGAGGAUGUUGUUCAGCUGAAGGAGUGUCUAGAGAAGGAGCGAAAGAUGACCAAAGACUUGGGCCAGGCAGCUACCAAACUCCAGCAGCUGUUAAGAAACAGUCAGGAACAACUUGCCAAAGAGAAAGAGAAAGUCAGAACCCUGCAGGAUCAACUGCAAGACAAGGAGGGUGAUGGAGAGCUGAAGCAAGGCACUUCUGUUUGAGGUGUAAAACAAACAAACAAACAAAAAAAGCCAAAAAUUGCCUUAAGAUGACCAAAAUGAAGCAUUCCAAAAUUUUUCUUCUUCCCUUUUUUUUGUCGAACUAUAGUCUUGGGAGAAAUUGCUUGAAGACUUUUGGAGAAAUCUAAGUCAUGUAAACGUUUUAUUUCGGAGAUGUGUUCACAUUACAUUCCAUCUGAAACCUUCUGGCUAUGUCAGAAAAUAUUCCUCAACUGCCUUAUAUAUAUUCUUAGUGUUCCUGCACCUCUCCUGAUGUCAGUGUUAAAAGGGAAACCGCAUGUACGUACACGUACAUCAACUAGUGCAAUUCAUUUCAUGUAAGUGAAUAAGGAUGCAUAAUUGUAUUGGUACAUGGGUACAGCAUUUGGAAUGCCCACUCUGUAGCUGGCUUCAACACCAUUGUAUUAAGUUCGAUAAUAAAUGAUAAAUGGCAACAUAGCUUUA